CGAACUGGGCUGAACCGACUGGUCUGGGUCUUCUCCCUAUUAUUUUUGAUUUUUGUGUAAUCAAAUUUGGGGGAAAUUCAUUAUAUGAAAUGAUUUUUUGGGGGUUUGUCUGUUGGAAACUGAUUUACUCCCUGUUUUUUUUUGUGGACACGGAAAAUCUUAUAAAUAAAAUAUUUACCGGCCAAUCGAACCCAGAAAAAAGCGAAGUUUGUUCGGAUUUAUGAUUCCUGUUCUUUGUCAUCGGAAUUAUUUAAAUCCAAAUACUGGUAAAUGGUGUCAAAAACAUAUUUCUGUUGGAGCAUUAGGCGAUUCUUUUUACGAGUAUUUACUUAAAGUCUGGCUUUUUGACGAAAAACGAGACAAUAAAUUAUGGGAAACUUAUAAAAAUGCAAUUUUGGCAAUAGAAAAUAAACUUUUGUUUAAAUCAAAGCCUAGUAAUCUUUGGUAUUUUGCUGAAAUGAAAGGGACGAGAAUUGAACAUAAAAUGGAUCAUUUGGUGAGAAAAAUUGGUUGA